AGUUACAACAGUUUAAGUUCAGUUGUACCUGCUUAUGUCUUCUGGCUUCAGAGUAACCUACUUACUUUCAUUGAAAAGCACAAAAAUGGAAAUUUUGGUUGUCGUGUUUUCAUUGUCCCACAAGUAAAGCUUCCCUUCUUGUUCACAGGUCUUCUUCUUCACUUCCAGAAAUGGGAUUAAACGGGAAAUGCUUGUUAUGUUUUUUACAUUUUUCCAUUUCAGCACAAAAUCUGAAAUUGGAUAAACAAGUCAUUAUCCAUUCUUUCAUUUUUUUUUGUCAACGACUAUUGAGAAAACAAGUCGUUUUUUUAUUUUUGGUUUUAUUGUGAAAAACGAUUGAACGAAUGAUACACAGAUUUGCAUGGAUUGUGUUUUCUCUGUGUUGUGGAAUUUGUGUGUUUUUGGUUUUGAAUCGUUUUGUUUUUGCAGUGUGUUUCUCACCCUUUCAAUAGGUUGAUUAGUCCCCUCAUACUGUAUAAAAGUGAGUAUCGGGUCUUUUAUUUUGAAGGUGCAAACCGGAUUUUGUGUUUGUUUUGCUGCUAGUUGGGGUAUACACAUCAUCAGCACACAUCUGCGCGCACCAGCGGUCGUUGGUCGUUUUGAGCGCAGCUGAUGAAGACGCAGAAGCACCAUAGAGGCGCGAGAGGACCACUACCGGUCUUCACCUCCUCCCGCUACAGUUCCCCUCUUCCCCGUUUAGUUAGAGGAGUGGAGGCAAGGAAGUCAAAGUCCAGCUGUUUCUUUUUUAACGUCAAGCUGAGGAGAAGUAGAGAGGAGGGAGGAGAGGAAGCGGCAGACGGACAGACUGACAGACAGCAGUAUUUUUGGCGCACUGGAGUUUAUGUAUUAUUAAGUGGAGGCCGAACACAGGGAUUGAACAUUCAGAAGGACUUUUUUACCACAGGGGAGCAGAGUGGAGCAGAGUGGAGCAGAGCAUAGAAUCCUUGCAGUGAUUCACCUGACCAGUGACUGACAACAGACACCAGAAUCUGAAGUGUGUAUAUAAGAGUAUUUUUUGGGGAGUCCCCCCCCGCCCCCCUCUCCCCGCCACCUCCUACUCCUGCUGCAGUAACGCUACUUGUUUGCCGCGUGGGUACAGGGAAUGCCAGCUUCUUCCUCCUGACGGGCAUCCGCACCCCCUCCUCCUCCUUCCGGACGCACCGACCCCUGCGAUUCCUACUACUACGCAAUGUUUUUUAAUGCAAAAGCCUAAAGUUGUUGCCGUGUGCCGCCGACUUCACGCUAUCACCGCUGCAUGCCUGGCAGCCACAGCCGCUCCUCUCUCUGCGCCGCACGGCAGACGACGCCAUUUGAAGAGGAACACUCGCGGGGUGUUCACGCCGCGGCGGCCGGGCGGCAGCGUCAACAGCAGCGACCGCUCUUCUGCCGCUGAGGUCCACCGGCUGGGGCAGCCGGAGGCUGAGACAGCGGAGAAAAGCACCGCAGCGGAUCCUCUUUCCCUGCCGCACGGAGACGACGUCGAGGCGGAAUACGUGCAGCUGCCGCUGCUCUCUGGACUUGUGGAGGCUCCGGGUGAGAAACCGGGCGACGGACCGGGAUUCCCGCAUUUGUUCUUGUCUAUGGUGCAAAUUGGGGCGGCGAAGAAUCGCCGAACUCAUACCAACAGCUGGCAACUGCUGGCAUGCAAACAGGGGGGCGGAUCAUCCCCCAUGCGGUGGGUGAAAUUUAGGCUGCCGCAUCCGGAGCUCCCCUCGUCCCCUGCCACCUCUUCCUCCUCCGUCUCGGCCAAAUCCAUGCGGUUUAUUUGGAGCAGAAUUUUCGGCAAAGGAUCGCAUAUGCUGCAGUGUCUUUGUGGCAGGAGCCUGAAGAAAAAUAAGAACCCAACUGAACCACAGCUGAAGGGCAUAGUGACCAGGUUGUUCUGCAGACACGGCUUCUAUCUCCAGAUGGGCCAGGAUGGAAGUCUGGACGGGACCAAAGAUGACAGCACCAACUCCUCUCUGUUUAACUUAAUUCCUGUGGGUCUGAGAGUUGUCGCCAUCCAGUCAGUCAAGACUGGCCUCUACAUUGCCAUGAACGGAGAGGGUCACCUCUACUCCUCGGAACUGUUCACAGCAGAGUGUAAGUUUAAGGAGUCAGUGUUCGAGAACUACUAUGUGAUCUACAGCUCUAUGCUCUACAGACAGAAGGAGUCGGGCCGAGCUUGGUUUCUAGGCCUCAAUAAAGAGGGACAGGCCAUGAAGGGCAACAGGGUCAAAAAGACCAAACCAGCUGCACACUUCCUGCCUAAACCUAUAGAGGUUGCAAUGUACCGAGAGCCUUCGUUGCAUGACGUAGGGGAGGCGGUGCCUAAACUCGCUGGGGGGGCGCCUUCCAAAAGCACAACCAGCGAACCAGUGGUCAUGAAUGGCGGCAAACCAGUUAGCAAAGCUGACAAGGAGGAGACAUAACCCCACCCCACCUUCCUUCCUUCUCCUUCUUUUCACCGUCCUCUGGCCAAUCAGAGGCCAGCACACCGCCAGAAACUUGGACAAAAAGGUAACAAAAAACAAACCACAGCUCAAUUUCUGGGCAGCAGUGGGGCCGCAUGUCCCCACCACAUAUCUGUCCUCAUUGGAUAGAUCACACCUUGUGGGGGCGGGGCCAGAUGGCGAGAGUGCUGCAGCUGGUGCAAAGAGGAAGAAGAAGAUAUUUUUGGACUGGGACAGUGGCAUGUCCUCAUAUGAGAGACAGAAUUACUACUUCAAAAACAAGCUGAAAAAAAAUGUGUCUUCACCAGUAUUUUUCUGUGACAAUCUGUGA